UAAAAUGACACAGCUAGAAUUUAAAUAUUUGAAUAAUUAUUUUUCUAAAUUGUUAUUUUCUUAAGUAAAAAAAGUAGUAAAAAAAUAGUAAUGCAUUUGAAAACUAUACUAAUCUUUUGUUCAUUUUGUUUUUUUACGGGAAUAAUAAGCGAUGGACUUAACGCACGUCAAAUAGACCUCUUUGAAAAAUUGAUAUUGGAUUCUAAAUUUGGUAAUAAUAUUGAUACAAUAAAAAAUGCAUUAUAUUGUCAUGAUAUCGAAGAGACUUACAAUGAUUAUAACGUUGAUGAUGAAAAUAGUGUAAAAAUUUUCAAGAUUUUGAAUUUUUUGGCUAAAGUUAAAAAAAGAGGCGAUGACAGAAAAGUUGAAAAACUUGAUAUAAAUGAGGUUCAAAUAAUCUCAAAUAAAUUCAGUAAUCUAGAUACAAACAACGAUGGUUUGUUAGAUAAGGAACAAUGCAUUACAUUGAUUGACUAUUAUGUUUCUAAUGUAGUAACAAGGAACAAAAAUGACAAUGAAAAUCUCAAAAGUGCUGUAGUUAAUUUAAAGAAAGAAAUUUAUGAUGAAUAUACACAAUACAGAUUAAAUGUUGUACUGAUAAAAGUAUUAUUCUACAAGGCACAAUUGAACAAUACAGAAUUUGGUGAACGUUACAAUUUUUUUGCCCGUGAUUCAUCAAAAAAUUCAUCCGUAAAUAUUGUAAAUAUUGAGCCUCCAUUGAAGAGUACUAAUCGUUUGAAAAGUUGUUCUAGUAUUUGUUCAAUGAAAUCUUCGAAAAAAAGUAAAAUUGGAUCUAAAUGUUGCAAAAAUGACGAAAUUAUGGAUAAUGAUAGUUUUGAAGAAGCUAAUAGCCUAUUUAGAUUGACAUCAAACUUAGAUUCGUCAUCAAAAAAUAUGAAAAAUUAUACGGAUAAUCAAUUUAAGAUGAAAAAACAAGAUUCCGAUGUUAAGUGUGGUGUCCGUGGAAACAUAGUUGAUAAGCUCUCAGAAAAUAAAAUAAUGCACAUUGGAGAUAGUCUUUUAUGCAGUUUACAGGAUUCUGAAGAGGUUGAAAGUAAAUUAGACCUUGAUGAUGAUGAUUUUGCUGAAGACGAAGAAUAUGAAAUAACUGUUUUAAAUGGCAAUAAUAAACCUGAAUUAAGAAAAAUUAAGUUCUAGUUAAUUAAUCAAUCAUUAAAAUGGAUACGCAGAUAUAAUUAAUUAAAGAAUUUU